AUGAGGGCUUUCGUUUUCUUUCUCUUCAUGCUCCUGGCCAUGUUCUCAGCAUCUUCAACCCAGAUUUCAAAUACCACUGUUUUCAAACUAGAAGAGAAUUCAGAACCUGCACUUAUUCUGGAGAAAAAAAACGAAGCUAACCACCUAGGAGGACAAAGGGAUUCUAAUGAGCAAGGAGAUAGUUAUACACAAGGAAAUCUGGGAACAUUUAGUCUUCAAGGACAACCAGGAUAUUUUAACAAGCUAGAGAAACCAAGAAACUUUAAGCCAGGGAGAGCAGGCGUUUUAAACCAGCCUGAGAUUUUAAAGAAUUCAGGAAAAUCUAACCAAAAAGGGAAUCCAGAAUCUUCUAAUAUGCAGGAAAAAUCAGGAUCUUCUAGCCAACUAGGGAAACCAGGGUUUUCUACCCAACAGGGAAAUCCAGGGUCAUCUGGCCAACAAGGGAAACCAGGGUCAUUUAACCGGAAAGUGAUGGUGGGGUCAUCCAGCCAACAGGGGAAGCCAGGAUCAUCUAGCCAACAAGGGAAUCUAGGGUCAUCUACCCAGAAAGGGAAUUUAGGAUCUCCUAGCCUACAAGGGCAUCUGGGUUUAUCUAGCCAUCAAGGGAAGCCAGAGUCAUCUGGCCAGCAAGGGAAGCCAGGGUCAUCUAGCCAACAGGGAAAUCUAGGAUCUUCUAGCCAACAAGGAAAUUCAGGGUCUUCUAGCCAACAAGGAAAUUCAGGGUCUUCUAGCCAACAGGGGAAGCCAGGGUCGUCUAACCAACAAGGAAAUCUAGGAUCUUCUGGCCAACAGGGGAAGCCAGGAUCUUCUAGCCAACAGGGGAAGCCAGGGUCAUCUAGCCAACAAGGAAAUCUACAUUUAUCUAGCCAGCAAGGGAAUCAAGGACCUUCUAGCAAACAGGGGAAGCCAGGGUUAUCCAGACAUCAAGGAAACCUACGAUUAUCUACCCAGCAAGGGAAUAUAGGAUCUCCUAGCCAACAGGGAAAGCCAGAGUCUUCUAGCCAACAAGGGAAUCUAGGGUCAUCUAGUCAUCAAGGGAAGCCAGUGUCAUCUAGCCAUCAAGGGAAGCCAGGGACAUCUAGUCAACAAGGGAAGCCAGGGGCAUCUAGCCAGCAAGGUGAUCUAGGGUCAUCUAGCCAGCAAGGAGAUCUAGAAUCUUCUAAGCAUCAGGGGAAGCCAGGGUCAUCUAGCCAGCAAGGAGACCUAGGAUCUUCUAAGCAUCAGGGGAAGCCAGGGUCAUCUAGCCAGCAAGGAGACCUAGGAUCUUCUAAGCAUCAGGGGAAGCCAGGGUCAUCUAGCCAGCAAGGAGAUCUAGGAUCUUCUAGGCAUCAGGGGAAACCAGGGUCAUCUAGCCAACAAAGAAAAUUGAGGUCACUUUACAACCAACGACAAAGAAAAAAUAUCGACAACACUUUCGAUGGCAAUAUAAUGGACUUUCAGGUUAGUGUUAAUAACUUCUUUUUCUCAGUCAACUUGACCCAGCAAUUCUCUUUUCCAAAACUUAAAAUGCUUUAUAAACCACAAUGUGUUAACGAAAAAUCACUUGCAAUGACACUGAUUAAACAAAAUGAGAACAACUUUGGAGCUGAUUAUUUUCAUGCAUAA